UCGAAAAAGGGUUACAAUUUCGGUAUUGCUCUAGCAAAACAACUCAAAUCUCCAUCUUUUGUCGGCUGCAGUUGUAAAGUGUACGUCUUGUGAAGAAUUCUUUCAAGAGCAGUCAAAGUUGGAUGAGUCAAGAUGUCAAAGAGCAGAGGGCACCAGAGGCUGGUGGUGUCCCCCAUUGUGUACCCACAAGGAUCUAAAGAUAUCACCCAAGACCUCCCUAGAGAUGAGCUUGUUAGAAGACUCAAGGUGCUUGCUCGUUCCUUCCAAGACAUGGAACAGGAGGAAGAGGCCACCCAGUAUGAGCCCCUAGCUCUCUAUCUCAUCAGUAACUUCUUCUUCAAGCAUGCCAGCAAGGAUGUCCGACUGCUGGUGGCAUGCUGCAUUGCUGAUAUCUUCCGUGUCUUUGCCCCAGAAGCACCAUAUCGAACUGCUGAACAAUUGAGGAUAAUAUUCCAGUUUCUUAACAAGCAGCUGUGGGGUCUUGAGAAUGUGGAUGGCCCUUCCUGGAAGCGUUACUUCUACCUCCUAGAGAAUCUGGCUAUGGUGAAGUCCUAUAACAUCUGCAUGGAGCUGGAGGAUUGCAAUGAAAUCUUUGUGGAACUUUUCAAUGUCUUCUUCAGCAUCGCAAAUGAAUAUCACUCACCCAAGGUGCGUACCUUCAUGUUGGACGUAAUGUGUCCCCUCAUCAGCGAGAAUGACGCAGUGCCCCCUGACCUCCUAGAGGUCAUUCUGGCAAAUCUACUGGAUUCCAAGAAGGCUGAGAAUCCACAUGCUUUCCAAAUGGCCAAGGAGCUGGUAAAAAGGACAGCUACCAGUAUUGAGCCAUCUAUACAAGCCUUCUUCAACAAUGUUCUGAUCUUGGGCAAGACGACUGAGACGGAGUUAGCUAGCAAUACCUAUGAGCUCAUCUAUCAGCUCAACACCAUAUCCAGCACACUGCUGCUGUCAGUAUUACCACAGCUAGAAUUUAAACUCAAGAGCAAUGAUGAGAGGGAACGGCUGGCUGUCACCAACCUUCUAGGGCAGAUGUUCUCCAACAAAGACUCUGACCUUGCAUCCCAGAACAAACCCCUGUGGAACUGCUUCCUUGGCAGGUUCAGUGACAUCAGUGUAGGUAUUCGGACAGCUUGUGUCCAGUUUGUGUCGGAUUUCAUCAUACAUCAUUCCUACCUCCUCCAUGAUUUGAUAGAGAAGUUACGAGAGCGCGUCCAUGAUGUUGAUGAAGGGGUGAGGCAAGAGGUGGUUGCAGCCAUAGCUAAGGCUGCAAAGAAAGACAUCACCAACAUCAGCGAUGAGAUGCUGACACUUAUCAAAGACCGCACUCUUGAUAAAAAAUGGAAAAUUCGCAAAGAAGCAGUGUUAGGCCUGGCACACAUUUAUAAGAAGUGGUUCAACAAUGAAGAGUUGGUGAGAUCAGAAUACAAACGAAUCAUCUGGAUUAAAGAUAAGGUUCUACAUAUGUACUACCAGUCCUGCAUUGAGGACAGGCUGCUUGUGGAGAGAAUCUUCACCAGUACACUAGUACCUUACACCCUGGAGGUGAAGCCACGUAUGCAGAGAUUGCUCCAACUCUUUGCUACUGUGGACCGCUUUGCCGUCAAGGCCCUAAUUGAGAUGAUGAAAUGUCAGCACACCGUUCGUGUUCAAGUCCGAGAACUGAUGGAAUGCUUUAAGAAAGGAAAAGAUGAGAAAGUCAAAUUAAUUGAUCCCAAGCUUGUUGCCAUCUCAAAGCAUCUACCCGAACCAGCCAAAGCUGUUGAUCAUCUCAAGAAACUGGCAUCAAUGCUUGAGGAAGAUCUUAAGGUCAGAUCUGCGCUGGAGAAGCUUGUUGACCCCAAGGUCACCUGUAAAAGAGCACUACAGUCUGUUGGUGAGGUCAUGAAGAAGUUUGGCACGACAGGCACACAGAAGACGCCUACAUAUGAUACUCUGAAGACCCUAAUGGAGAGAAUCUCCCCGUUGGUGGUAGAUGCCAACGCAGUCAAGGAGCUAGUCACUAUAGUCUAUGACCAUGUGGAGGGCAUAGCAGAUGAAUUUGAAGACAGGGCUGAGGAGCAGACUGAAGUCAGGGGCCUUAAAUUACUACAGAUUCUGUCCAUGGUGUUUCCCAAUGCCUAUAGGAGCGAGGGUUGCUUCAGCCAGCUCAUAUCCAUGCUGAAACACGACGACGACACCGUGUCUGAUGUUGCACUCCAGAUCUUCAUUAAUACUGGAGAGAAUCUGGACAAAGAAUUCUCAAACAUUUCAUCGUGCCUCUUACCCAUCUUGUUAAGCAAAGCUAAGACGGGGACUCCUUCCCAAGCCAAACAUGCCGUCCGUUGCAUUAAUGCUGUCUUAAACAAGAACAAAGUAGCUGUGUUCCAGCAGCUGUAUGACAGCCUGCACAAAUGCUUAAAUUUGGACCAUGAGCACCAUCUGACUGCCUUGACAGCUGUUGGGGAACUGGCUAAGCUGGUCCCAGAGCAGUUCUGUCUGAGUAUGAAGCCAAUGAUAGCCAGCUGUAUCGUGAAGGGACUCCUGAUGCAAGACCAGACUGAAGGGACACCGACUAAGGGCAUCUGGUGCCAUGACAACCAAGUUGCAGAAGAAACGCUGGCUAAGAUCCGAGCGAUGAAGUUGCUGGUUCAAUGGUUAGAGGGACUACGUAACACCCAAGACACCUCACCCUGUGUCUCUACCAUCCGUCUACUCAUGACUAUGAUUAAGAAUGAAGGUGACUUGAUGGAGAGAAAGGCUAUCAGUAAAGCCGAUAUGUCUCGUUUGAGGCUAGCCGCUGGCUGUGCCAUGUUGAAGCUGGCCCAGGUACCUGCCUACAAUGAUCUUAUAUCUAUGGAACAAUUCCAGAUGCUUGCACUCAUGAUCAAUGAUGAGUGUUACCAAGUCCGAGAAAGUUUUUCCCGUCAUCUGGAUAAGGGGCUGAGUUGCCUGCGUCUACCCCUCAGCUACUUAGCCAUUUUCAGCCUUUGUGUCAAAGAUCCAGUGAAGGAGAGUCGAGCCAAGGCUAAGCAGUACCUAGUCAAGAAUAUUCAGACCAGGAGGGACUACAUUAAACAACACAAUGUGGAAAAUGCCCUUGCAUUGACUCUUCUACCAGAGUAUGUCAUUCCUUACACCAUCCACCUCCUUGCUCAUGAUCCAGACUUUACUAAUCUUAAGGAUAUGGAAGGAUUGCGGGACACCAAAGAGUGUGUGUGGUUUAUCUUGGAACCUCUUGUCAGUAAGAGUGAGAACUGUAGCUUCUUAAGGAAGCUGAUCGAGGCCAUCAAGCAGAUGAAGGAUGCACAGAAACCUGAAGACAGAGGAAUCAAUAGGAAACUCUAUGCAGUGUGUGAUAUCACCCUUGGCCUCCUCAUGAGCAAGACCCCCGCUUUCUCCCAGAAGGAGCAUCCUGGCAAACCUCUCCUCCCUAAGCAGUUAUUCUUGCGCCCUCGGAAGCCAAUCCACAACACAGACAGCGUCCUCCCCAAGAAGAUGCAGGAAGAAUUCACCCAACAGCUGGAGAAGAAGAAAAAGAGUUUAACCGAUAAACUCUUAGAAUCGCCGCAACAAAAAGGCUCCAAAGCUGGCAAGAAGACUGUCAGAGCGGAUUCAGCAACUCCUGCCAGCCCUACCUCACCAAGUCCUCAGAAAACCCCAAGUGGGGAUGAGAACCAACCUAACCUGGGAAUAGGUCGUCGUUCAUCUCGUAAAGGUUCUGCAAGUAAUGGGCAGUUAAAUGUCAAUGGCACAGAAAGGAAAGGGAUGACCCGCUCGAGGGGACGUGCUCUCUCUGAAAAUAAUGCCAAUAGUGAGCCAUCAUCGUCGACAUCAUCCCCAUCGCCAAAGAAACCUCAGAAAAAGAGAACAAUUCAGAGGCCGAUCAAAGAAUUUUUGACUAGAAGUAAAACAGGGAAUCAGUCAUCACCAGAAUCAAGUCCUUCCAAAUCGCCUCGUAAAAGACCCACCAGCCAAUCCUCAUCGGAAUCUCCAGCUGCUAAGAGAGCCAAAACCAAAAGUGCUCAGACCAAACUUGCUCAGGCUAAAACAGCACAUGCCAAGAAACUGGCACUGAAGAAACUCAAGGCCACAGCAAGUCCAUCCUCGUCAUCUUCAAGUAGUCCUGUGAAAGCAAUUGCUAAAACCGUAAAGAAAACUAGAGCCGGUGCUGCAAAGAACAAACCUGCUAGUAAAACAAACAAACCAGUGACCCUUGUCAAAAAAUCAUAUGCCACUAAGAAGGUGAACAAAUCACCUAGUCCUCUCAAGUCGAAGCCAACAGUUCGAGUCGGGAAGAAAAAAGCGACUCCAGUAACGAAAAAACAAGCCAGUCCAAUAAAGAAAAAGACAACAGUUAGUCCGACCAAGAAAACAAAUCCAAAGGUUGGCUCUAAAUCACAAUCAAGUGCAGGGAGAAAAGCUAUGCCCAGGAAAACCCCAAGUGGCAGGCUAAGUAACGGGUUAACUUCAUCUCCACUAAAGAGAAGUACCUUGAGACGAGACAGUCUGAACAGCCUGACUAGAGCCAGUAAACCUCAACGACCCAGCUCCUCUUCUUCUCCUCAAUCCUCACCUGUCAGGUACUCACCAAGGAAGUCGGUCCUCGCUGGGCCCCUCUUGACCUUCCAGAAACGAAGGACUCCUUCAAAGCCCUCGCCGAAGAAGGCAUCGACUUCAUCUUCACAAGAAGCUGGAACGUCGUCAUCGUCGCCCAUGAAUGGGAGAGAGAGAGUGAAGAGAAAAUUAGCUGAGGUUGAGGCCUCGGACGAGAGGUCAUCAUCGAGCAAUGCCGCCUCAUCGGCAAAGAAACUUAAACAGACUACACUGAAAUUCCAAAACCUGAGGAAAACCAGUCGUAAGGUGACACCCCCAGGAGUGAAUGGUGUGCAGAAUGGUGAUGAUGACAACAAUGAUUCAUCAACAAGCAGCUCAUCGGGACGGCCAAGCAGACAAGGGCGUGCACUGGUCAAGGCCAUCAAGUCAGCAGGGAAACAACAGGAUUCAUUUAAUGUAAGCCGAAGAAGCCACCGACGAAGUAAGCCCUGAGGUUACAGCAAAACCUUAAAAGAUUGUGGUCUUCUGUUUCAUGGUAAUUUCUCAAUGGUUUAACAUUACUUUUCUCUACUCAACAUAAACACUUUGUCCCUUGAGAUUUGUAUGUGAUUUUAGUAUGGGUUUUGAUUGGGGACUGUUAGCUACUCAUGUAUUCCUGAGCCAAAGUUUUAAAGGGGUUGGGCACAAAAUAAUACGUAACACUUUACUUGGCAAAAAAUAUGGCAAGGUGUCAGUUGAAAGACUGAAUAACAUGGACAUGCACAAGGUAUUUUACCUGGAAUGACAUUUCUGCUGAGUAAGCCAUUUAUCCUUCAAACAGAUUUAUAGGCUAUCAUCUUGAUUAAAUUGGGCCCCUGUAUUCAUUGCUAGAUCCAAUCAAAGUAUUCAAAUACUCGUCGUCCAACAGUAAAAGUUUCACCCCAGCAAACUCAGUUGGGGUUUGUUGUGUACACUGUACAUUAAUAUUCCUUUCUUUUUGUGACUUGGUCCCUGAACUCGGUUUUGCUUCCCAACCUGGACAUAGUGGUAUUACUAGACACAGGCCUGGAUAUUCAAAGAGGUCAUGGCUGUAGCCUUGGCCUUGAUGCCCCUUUCAAAGUGUCCCACAAACUUAAAGAUUUUCCAACCAAAAUACCAUUUGCAAAAUACAAAGAGCCUCGCUGCGUUUAAGAUAAAAUCCAUGGCCUUUAAGCGCACACCAGCUUUUCAUCAACACUCAUAAUGAGUUAUUACAUGUAAUUAUUGUACAUAUGUUAAUAUCCCUGGAAAUUAUAGUCAUUUGAUUAAAUAAGCCUUGAGACAACGUUAUGCAAUGUUUUACACCAUUCAAAUGAUGAGAAGACUUUGUCACUUCACUGUGGCUAAGGGGGAAUGCACCAUUUCAGAUUUCAGUGUGGGUGUAAGCAUCACAGGUUGUCAUAUUUUGGACAAACCAAAUGAUGCACGUACAUGUUUACGAGUAUAUUGGUGAGAAUUUGUAUAUGGGUCGAAAAGUAAAAUGUUUGUUUCAAUGAGAUUUGAUUGGAACAUGUCGCACCUUUCAUCGAAUGAAACUAUUAUACAAAUGCUAAACAUUCAUUUUAAAUUGUUGUUGAAUGUAACACCCAUGUCGAUUUUUUAGUCGUUUCAGUGGAGGAUAUAACUAUUAGAAUGAUUUGAGUGUACAAUAUUGUAUUCUGCCAUUCACAAAAAUGCUGUUUUGUUAUGUUGUGCAAAACAGAUAGCUGGUGUGGAGUUGCAUAAAUAAUGGGGAAAAUGAUGGGAAAAAAAUAGUGCUAUGGUUAUUUAUGAAUGCCAUGUGACUUACAGUCCUCCAAUCAAAUGACAUGAUCUGCUUAGGCGUUACAUACUACAAACCUGUGAUUUGAAUAGCUAUGUGUGAGAAGAUUGUACAGAAGCGACCAAAUGUUUGGGUGUUGGGUAAUAAUGCGUUAUUAUUAUUGGAACCAGUAAGCCUUGUGAAGCAACUUGGAUCUAUCAAUGAAACUCAGCCCCUCAUAUCGAAUGCCUUCCCAUGAACAUUGGUCACCUGGCUUUAUGCUAGAUUUUUAUGACUUGCAUAUUGUAAGCAUGAAUGAAGCCUUAAAACCUAUCCUGGGUUUUUUCUUUUUUGACUAGAUGGAAAGACCUUUGCAGAUGUGUAUUUUUUUCUUCUUUUUUCUUUCUACUGAAGAUGCACGUUUUACUAAAUUAUUAUUCUUUUUACCAUGUACAGUUAAAUAAAUUUCACUCUUAAACAAAGACAAUUCUAUCACCAAAAUGUGUAAAAUAGUAUGAUGCCAUUCCCAUACAACCUGUGGAGUUCAUGGCUUUGUUUUUAAGUGUACACUCAAUAAUGUCUAUCGUGGUUAAAUGUGUUGGAAGGAUUUUGAGCAAUAAUGCACUUUGACUUUUAAGUUGUUUGACCGUUCCAGUGUAGCAGGAGAGAUUCUGAUCGCCCACUCCAAAUGAGGUGAAUGGUCUGAUAGCGCCCUCUGUUGAACCAUCUUCUUUUAGUUUAACUAGACCAGGGCUCAAUUUCAGAGAGCUGCUUAAGCAUAAAAAGUUGCUAAGCACAAAAAAAUUAAGUAUACCAGAUUAAGGUCACCAGCGAAACUAUCAUUCCACGUGUACAAUCCAAUCUGUGUCUGGUAUCCUGCAUAUUUCUGUUAAGCAGACAUCGUUAAGCAAUAUGUUUGCUUAACCAGCUCUAUGAAAUUGGGCCCAGGUUAAUUUAUUGUGUAGAAGAUACACAUACUUGGGGACAAAAUCCCAAAUGACACUGGCAGGUGAUAAAUAAGUUUGGUACCUACAGCAUAAUGUUACCUUUAAAAGGUGUUGAAUUUUUUUAAUAUUACAUGUAUUAGUAUUAUCAUGACUUUGUUUUCACACUGAAUUGUUGGAAACCUUUACAGUUAUUUCAUUUGAUGUGUAAAUAUUAAUAUUUCAGUGAGUCUGUUCAUAAGUUAAUUUCACUUUUAAAAAUAUCAAGAAUUAUUGCAUUUGUAAAGGAUUGUCGCAAGGUAGCACUGCUCAAUGACAGUUACUUUAAUUGGACUAACCAUGGAUUUUUUUUAGUACAAUGUCCCUGAUUGAGCGAAAAUUGCGUGAUGCAGAACUGCAAAAUGUAUAAUUUAAAGGCAGUGGACACUAUUGGUGAUUGUCAAGGACUAGCCUUCACAGUUGGUGUAUCUCAACA